CCAACUACUGCUGUGCCAACAACAACAACUGCAGGAGAAAUAACAAUUGCUGGACCAACAAUGCCAACUGUUGAAGCAACAAGAACAAUUGCUCGACCAGGAGCUACAACUGCAGUACUCACAACAACAACUGAAGGACCAAAAACACCAACUUCAGAUCCAACAACAAAAGAACAACCCAACACUGCUACUGCUGGACCAUUAACUACUACCUGGGGACCCAUAACAACUGAAGGACCAACAACGCCAACUGCUGAACAAACACCACCAUCCGCAGGACCAACUACUGCUGCACCAAAAACAACAACUGCAGGAGUAAUAAUGAGACCCUCUGAACCAACAACUACAAUUACUGAAACAAGAGCUACAACCACAGGAACAUCCACAACUGCAGGACCAACAACAACUGUUGAACCAACAACAAUUGCAGGACCUACCACUGCUACUGAAACACUAUUAACUAAUAGUUCGGGACCCACAACAAAAACUGCAGGACCAACAACACCAACUGCAGAACCAACAUCAAAAGAAGGACAUACCACUGCUUCUGCAGGAGCAUUAACUAAUGCGGGAGGACCCACAACAAUUGAAGGAAGAACAACAACUGCAGGAUCAACAACGCCAACUGCCCAACAAACAACCCAAUCCACAGGACCAACUGCUGCAGUGCCAAAAACAACAAUUAGAGGAGCAAUAACAAUUACCGGACCAACAGCGCCAACUAUUGAACCAACAAGGACAAUUGCUCGAACAAGAGUUACAACUGCUGUACUCACAACAACAAUGGAAGGACCAACAGCACCAAGUGCAGAACCAACAACCGAAGAAGAACCUACCACUUCUACUGCAGGACCAUUAACUAAUACAGGGGGACCAACAACAACUGAAGGACUAACAUCAAAAACUGCAGGACCAUCAACAAUAACUUCUGAACCCACAACUACAAUUGCUGGAACAAGAGGUACAACUCCAGGAACAUCAACAACUGCAGGACCAACAUCGGCAAAUGCUGAACUAACAACAACUGCAGGAACAUUUAGUACUACAGCGGGACCAAUAACAUUAACUGCCAGACCAACAUCGACAACUGCUGGGUCAGAAACAACAGAUGCAGGACCGACAACAUCAACUCCAGAACAAACCACUACGACGGCAAAUCCUGAACCACUAACAAUUUAUGGAUCAAGAGCUACAACUGCAGGACUUCCAACAGCAACUGCAGGAACAUCAACCACUGGAGGACCAACAACAACUGUUGAACCAUCAACAACUGCAGAACAUACCACUGGCUCUGCAGGCCCAUUAACUUCUAAGGGGGGACCCACCACAACUGCAUUACCAACAUCAAAAACUGCAGGACAAAAAACGCCAACUGCUGAACAAACAACACCAUCCGCAGCACCCGCAAAUACAGUGGCAAAAACAACAACUGCAGUAGCAAUAACGCCCACGACAACGACAGCUGCUGGAACAAGAGCCACAAAAGAAGUUGCAGGACCAACAACGACAACUUCGAAACAAACAAUUUCAAUUGUUGGAACAAGAGAUACAACUGCAGAAACGUCAACAACUGCAGGACCAACAAUAAUUGCAGGACCUACCACUGCUACUGCAAGACUAUUAACUUAUACUGCGGGACUCACAACAACAGCUGCAGGACCAACAACGACUACUGCAGAACCAACAAAAAAAGAAGGACCUACUGUAAGCACCACUGUUGGACCAUUAAAUACUACGGGGGUACCUUUAACAACUACUGCAGGACCAACAUUGCCAACUGCAGAACCAAGCACCAGAGUUGCUGGACAAAGAGAAACAACUUCUGGAUCAAUAACAACAACUACAGAUUCAAGGAUUGCACGACCAACAACAAAUGCAGAACCAAAAACAACAGCAAGACCUACCGCUGCUAAUGUUGGACUAUUAACUACUACUGGGAGACCCACAACAACUGCAGUAACAACAACAUAUGCAAGACCAACAAAACCAACGGUUGAACAAACAACACCCUCAGCAGGACAAACAACUGCAGUGCCAAAAUCAACAACUGCAGGUUCAAUAACUACUGCAGGACCAACAACGCCAGCUGUUGCACCAACAUCAACAACUGCCGGAACAAGAGCUACAACUUCAGGACCCGCAACAACACCAUCCGGAGGAUCAACAACUGCAGUGCCCAAAACAACUACUACAACUAAAAAAACAAUUCCUACAUCAGCAGGACCCAAAGCAAUAACUGUAGGACCAACAUCGUCCUCAGGAUCAAUAACUGCAGAACCAGCAACAACAACUGCAGGACCAUUAACUAGUAUCAUGGGACCCACAACAACAACUGCAGGAGCAAUUACAACUGCAAGACCAACAACGCAAACUGCUGAACGAACAACAACUGCUGGACCAAGAGCCACAACUGCAGAACUAACAACAAAAACUGCAGGUCCAACAGCGACAACUGCUGAACCAACAACAAUUACAAAACCAACAACAAGAAACGUUGAACCAACAACUGCAGUACCUGCCACUGCUACAACAGCACCAUUAACUUCUAUGGAGGGACCAACAACUGCUGCACCAACAUCAACAACUGCAGGACCAACAACGCCAACUGCUGAAAAAACAACACCAACUGCAGAACCAACGACUGCAUUGCCAAAAACAACGACUGCAGGACCGAGAACUGCUAUCAAGGGUCCCUCUUCAACAACUGCAGGACCAACAACAAAUGCUGGUCCAAGAGCUCCAACUGGAGGAACAAUAACAACUGUAGGACCAACAACAACAACUGCUGAAAAAACAACACCAACUGCAGGACCAACGACUGCAUUGCCAAAAACAACGACUGCACGACCGACAAUUACUACAGCUGUACCAAAAGCAAUUAUCACGAUUCCCAUAGCAACAACUGCUGAACCAACAACAGCUAAUGGUCCAAAAGCUACGGCUGCAGGACCAAUAAAAACUGCAGGACAAACAACGUCAAAUUCUGAAUCAACAAAAUCAACUGCAGGACCAAUAAUGACAACUGUUUUACCAACACCAUGUUCAGGACCAUCAACAACAACAUUACCCACUACCGCUGGAUCAACAACAACAACUGCAAGACCAACAACAACCACUGCAGGACCUACAACGCCAAAUCCUGAACCAACUACAAUCCUUGGAUCAGGAGCUACAACUGCAGGAACCACAACAGCAACAGCAGGAUCAUCGACAACUGUAGUGUCAACAACGAAAAGUGCUGAUCCCCAUACAGAAAAUGAAGGGACUAUUGAUUUGAGAUUCAGCAUGAGACGUACGUUUAUCGAAGACUACUUAGAUUCAAGCUCAACAGCCUGUCAGGAGCUGACUGCUAAUGUUACAACAGAGAAUCUGCUGUUCCGACUGAAAGCCGUGCAGUGCAGGAGCAACUACAACAACUUUAGGAAAACCAACCACUGCAGGACCAGCAACAACAACUGCAGGAACAUUAAGUACUACAGCAGGUCCAAUAACAAUAACUGCCAGACCAACAUCGACAACUGCUGGGUCAGCCACAACAGAUACAGGACCGACAACGCCAAUUCCGGAACAAACCACUGCAACGCCAAUUCCUGA